UGUUACUUGAUUGCGUGAGUAAACAGAUUUUAUUGUUUCUACUUUUAACGGCCCCAUUAUCAGUCUUUUACAUUCAUUUUUCGAUCUUGACAAAACAGCUGGUUUAGUUUUAAUUUGGGCGUCGUUGGAAGAGUCUUAACUUUUUUAAAUUGAAGGUUGAUAUUCUGGGAUUGACUUGAAGAUUUCACCUAAAAAAUCGAAUCUUGUAUCGAAUUCAAGGCAAAAUAAGUUAAAAACCUGGUAAAAUCAUCUAUCACCAGAAAUAAAUAAUAAAAAACAAUUGGAACUCGAAGCUAAAAUCUCAUGGAUCGAUCACAUCAACCGAAUGAUGGGGAGAUCAGUCGAUUUCGACGCAUUCUGCCACAGUUCAUCGCUUGUAUUGUAAAAAAUAUGCUCAUUGUCAAUACAGGCUCAACUUAUGCAGUACCAGCGAUUUUAAUUGCGGCAAUGACAGGUGUUCCAAAUGAACAUAAUCGCAAUGAAUAUAUUUCGAUUACACCCGUGCACGCAUCUUGGUUGGGAGCGAUGAGCUAUUUAAUUCAACCGAUUGGCAGUCUGUUAUCGAUCUUGAUCACAGAUUCACUCGGACGUAAGCGAUCGAUGGUCCUUGUCAACAUACCGUUUGCUCUCGGCUGGUUCAUGCUUCAUCAGGGAGAUGCAGUUUGGAAGAUUUUCACUGGUUGUGCUUCCUUUGGAUUAGCUGCAGGCUUGAUGGAAGCUCCACUCAUAACUUAUCUCGGUGAAAUAUGGUAA